UACAAGAACCAGUACGCGCUCGGGCAGUGGAGCCGGGACGACGGUCGCCGCGUGUGCAAGGUGUGCUUGGAAGGCAAGAAGAGCAUUGGCACGCCGUGGCAGUGCGCGGAAUGCUUUCUGUGGAAGGGCCAGGAUGCUUCCCAUGCGUCCCAGCACCACAGCUCGAAGCUCACGUCACGGCGUUGCGUGGACUGUCCCGAGAGGCGAAAGUGUUACGUAUGCGAGGGGCGGAAGUAUGAGGAUGCGUUCGUAGACUUCCAAUGGGAGAAGGCAGGGAACGCCCGGUGCAAAGGGGGAAUGCGCCUUGAGUGCGAGGAGCUGAAGAAGCACCUGCAGUGUUCGCGCUGCGGCGAGCAGAAGUUACUAGAUCAACUUGCGAAAGCGGAAACUAUUUUCAACGAGGAACCCACAUGCAAGGCUUGUAAGAGAUUGCAGAGAGAGGAGGAGAAGGCCCGUGCCGAAGAGGCAAAGCGGGUGGUAUGCUCACAAUGUGGGGAGUCGAAGAGUAAGGCUGAGUUUUCGGCUCACACGUUGCGCAACGUGUCCAAAGCGUCGAUUGCGUGUACCCAGUGCGUAGACGCUGCGGCUGCACAACGGGACACUGCGGCGAGGAAGGACGGGAAGGCCUGCGUUGGGUGCGAGGUGGUGCAGCGGCGUGAAUGCUUUUCGAAGUGGAUGUGGGGCGGCGUGGCCGAUCGAGACCGCAAGUGCAAGCGCUGCGUCGCUGGCGCGAAGCUCCCGCGCGGAUGGUGGAGACGCAUAGCUUGCAAGGACGCUUUCGAAAGAAGGGAUUUCAGCAGCUGGUUGGCCAAGCGGACGACGAAGGGUCCGGAUGGGAAGCAGAGGUGCAACAAGUGCUUCGCAGAUGAAGAGCGGAAAAGGCAGGAG